UCCCGUAUCACGCAUUCGACGAGCCGUCGCUGACUAGUGUGCACCCUCUUCUUGCAGGCGGAAUGGUUGCGGUUCAAGCCCUCUUGAGGACGGCGUCCUUCUGCAUACUGGUGUCCAUAUGUCGCGCCAGGAUACCCGGGUCUUGCACGGGACCCGAGGACUGCCAGCCUGAUGAGUGCUGUCUUGUAGGUAUGCAACGCUACAGCAUACCACGAUGUGAAAAGGUGGGUCAGAUCGGCGCCACUUGCCGCCCUUACAACUUGGCCGAAGACCGGACCUUGUACUAUCCGCACGGAACUGUCAUAGAGACGCGUUCUACGUACACCCUGCUCUGCCCGUGCGACGCUGGCCUCACGUGUUCAGGCGCACGCUGCGAGCCACGAGGUGACAGCAACUCGGUCGCUGCUGAAAGCCGCUAUGAUGACCACUAGUGACGAAGACCGGAUUCGUCUUCGCACCUCGAGUGAUGCGAAACCAUCGAAUAGUCCACCGUCAUUACCACGAGCCACUUGCCGUCGCCUUGUUACGAACUUUUCACAGCGCUA